AUGUCAAAAAAACCUGUUCGUAUAUGGGUAGAUGGUUGCUUUGAUGGCAUGCACUAUGGCCAUGCCAAUGCUCUUCGACAGGCAAAAAUGAUGGGUGAUCAUCUAAUCGUUGGUGUUCAUUCGGAUGAGGAGAUUGAGCGCAACAAAGGUCCAACUGUCAUCAAGGAGAAUGAACGAUAUGCUGCUGUUGCAGCAUGCAAGUGGGUCGAUGAAGUGGUGCCAAAUGCUCCUUACUUGACCAUGGUCGAGUUUCUAGACAAAUACAAUUGCGACUUUUGUGUUCAUGGAGAUGAUGUAACCACCAUGGCAGAUGGAUCUGAUUGCUAUCAUGCCGUGAAAUCUGCUGGAAGAUACCAGGAAUGCAAGCGUACAGAAGGCAUUUCAACCACAGAUCUGGUUGAGCGAAUGCUUUAUUUGAAAAAUCAUCCAUUGACUGCCGAUUCUAAUCUAAACUACAUGAGACCUCAGGCGUUUGUCGUUCACGAUACAGAUGAUAAGCUGCGUAUUUUUUCUGAAAACAAUCGUAAACGAAGGCCAGAUGAUCGAGUGGUAUAUGUAGCAGGAUCAUUUGAUAUGUUUCAUACUGGGCAUAUUGAGUAUUUAAAAAACGCCUGCAAGGAAGGUACAUAUGUUGUGGCUGGAAUAUAUAGCGACAAAGCUGUUAGCUGCACCAAACGUGCAGAGUAUCCCAUCAUGAAUCUUCAUGAGCGUGCUCUGAGUGUUUUAGCAUGUCGUUAUGUCGAUGAUAUCAUCAUGGAUGCUCCGGUUGUUCCAUCUCUGGAGUUUCUAAACGAACAUCACAUUGAUGUUGUUUGUCAUCUUGCAGCGACAUCGAGUGAGGUUCAGGAUGAAGAUAUAUACAAGGUAGACCAUGAAGCUGGAAAAUUCAAGGAGAUUGACAAUCCUUUUCCAGAUGCAUCCACAGACAACAUUGUUCGCCGUAUUCUUUCCAAUCAUCUUCAGUACGUAUCCAUUGCAUUACGUAGAUUUGCACAAUAUCGAGAUACUUGA